GAACCCCAAGCUGGCAUUAUGGCCCCUUGUCAGAUUUCUACUUUUAUACCACUGCACUUCCACCACACACAAAAACUACAAACUCCUGUAUCGAGAAAAAUACAAAACAGCCCCACUUUAGCCUUUAUUACUCCUUUCCCAACCCCAUAAAUCGUUUAUACAUAAAUAUCUUCUCCGUCUAUUUCUUUUGUCUCCUUAUAAUAAUGGUAACGUGGUAUUCAUUUGACUACUUCAGGAGGCAGUGAUGAAUGAGUUCUAGACAAGAAGAAUGGAACUUGGUUCAGCCUCUUCUUCUUCAUCAGCUUCUGGUGGAUCAGACUCACUCAAUGGCUUGAAGUUUGGCAAGAAAAUCUACUUCGAAGAUGUGGGUGUUGGAGUGCAGGACAAAUUUGGUGGUGGGCCUCCAUCUCUGCCGCCGAUUGCCGCCGGACUGCCUCCCCCAUCACCUGCCAAGAAGGGGAGAAUUGGGGUGGGGCAGAGUGGGCAGCCAUCCAGGUGCCAAGUAGAAGGGUGUAAUGUAGAUCUGAGUGAUGCUAAGGCUUACUAUUCAAGGCAUAAAGUAUGUGGUAUGCACUCCAAGUUCCCGAGGGUCACUGUUGCAGGCCUUGAGCAAAGGUUUUGCCAGCAAUGCAGCAGGUUUCAUCAAUUGCCUGAAUUUGACCAAGGAAAACGGAGUUGCCGCAGACGACUUGCAGGCCACAAUGAGCGUAGGAGGAAGCUGCCACCUGGAUCUUUAUUGUCCACUCGCUAUGGAAAUCUUUCUUCAUCCAUAUUUGAAAACCAUGGAAGAACUGGAGGCUUUGUGAUGGACUUUGCUACAAACCCGAAUCUGACUGGUAGGGAUUCAUGGCCAAAUACAAUGUCGUCUGAACGAGUGGUGGGCAAUCAAGUUAAGAUCACAGGAAAGUUUGCACGUUCAUGGCAGGACAAUUUGCAAAAUCCUCCACCAGAUCUUCUGCAAGGUUUAACGACCCGAGUCAGUUAUUUGGGUCCUGGAGUAUCUUCAGAAGAAUGUUACAGUGGAGUCUCGGACUCCAGCAGUGCUCUCUCUCUUCUGUCAAACCAACCAUGGGGCUCAAGAAACCAUUCGUCCAGUCAUGGGGAGAACAGUUCUCUUGAUGCCAAUGGGACACCCCUGGUUCAACCGUUGGUUACCCACAGUGCACCUAUUGUUAACUUUUCAGUAUUCUCGCACGGUUUUAAGGGCGACCAUGUCAGUAGUACUUUGCAAGAGAUGCCUCCUAAUCUUGGUUUGGGUCAAAUUUCACAGCCUGAUAACAGUCGGUAUUCCAAUGAGCUUGAGGUGGCUCGACAAGGUGGAGGACAGUACCACGAACUUCAGCAGUCCAGGGGCUUUAAUUCUUCUGUCCAGCAUAUGAACUGGCCACUUUAGAACUUGUAUCUUAAAUAACUAGCAGGUUCUUCUCAAGCCCCUUGCAAUCUAUCCAGGGGUUUUAAUUCUUCUGUCCAGCAUAUAAACUGGCCACUUUAGAACUUGUAUCUUAAAUAACUUGCAGGUUCUUCUCAAGUUCCUUGCAAUCUACUUGUGCCAUCUGCUCUUUCUGCUCCGUUAGGCAAAAGACUCGUAUUUGCCUAUGUAGUACUUUAUGUCAAAUGGGUGUCUUAUCACAUUUGUUGUUUGUUUAGUAUUUGCUCACCACUGUUCGAAGUGCCUAUUGCAUGUAAUUACCAAUAAUUCAUGUUAUACAUCUACUUCCGAGAUGGACUAUUGAUCUUCAA